GGAAGCAAAUAGAACCCAAAGACUCGGUGACCGACCCGCCAUGGAUGGCGAAGAGGAUGAUGAUCAGUUGCAAGAGGAGGAAUUCGAGGUCGAGGACAUCCUCAGAUACCGAAAGAAUGAGGAUGGCUCAGAGCUCUUCUUGGUGAAGUGGCAAGGCUAUCCUGAAGAUGAGUCCACCUGGGAGCCCUUGGCCCACAUGAAUGACAACUGUCGGGAACUCAUCGCCAAGGCCCGGGCGCUCUUCGCCUGGCGGCCGAACGGCGAUCAGUCCAGCUCCGGUGAGGUGGUCGUGUCCUCCUCGGGGCACGUGCCCGCGAACUCCGCGUCACCCAACUCCACGGCAGCAGAGGCAACUACUUCGAGUGUCGCAAUUAUUGAGGAAGACAAGGAGGAUGCCCAGGCUGCUGGUGGACAGCCGGGUCUAGAAGAAGCUCUUGGACAGGAAGAGGAGGAAGAGGAGGAAGAAGACACGGAGGCUGAAGAUGUCGGUGCGCCGGUACCAGCGCCUGCAGGUGAUGAGGAGGUCAGUAUCAUCGAAGAUGAUGAGCCUCCAGCCACGUCCAGUGGGCGAAGUCCGGCGCUCGAGCCUGCGAAGCGACCCUUCGACCCCAGCGGCUUUGUGGGGGCGCCCUCCGACCCGAGGAUGAAGCGCCCAAGACUGAUCCCACCCACGGUGGAGAUGCCGUUGGGGAGCGGUACCUGGGAGGCUCCAGUGCAGCCAGCCAAGGUCCCAGCGCCAACCACCCGGCCUGCCACCAACGGGGUGCGCCAUGCGCCGCCCAGCGGUCCGACCUCCAUGCCACGGUCGCCUGCGAGCAUAGGCCAAGCGCAUGAAGCUCACCUCCCCGAGCCGCCCAAGGAGCCGCCAAAGCCGCCGCCCAGUCGGGAAAUCAAGUGCAUUUGUGGAUUGACCGAACAAAUUGUACCAAACAGCCGCCCGGGCUUGAUUGUUUGUCGCGUGUGCAACUGUUCUCUCCACACAAACUGUGUGUCGGGAGCACUGCACAAAGCGGUGCCCGCACAUUUCGUGUGUCCACCCUGCCGCCUGGAUCGGGUGGAUGAGUUUCACCCCUCCGUUGGCGCUGGCGUGCUGAAGCACAGUUACGCUUCGAGCACCUCAACGUUCUCUUUGACCUUCGCAGCGCAGGCCGCGCAUUGGAAGAAACAAUGCUGGGCGGUUCACCUGCGGUCGGUGCACAUCCACGGGGGUGACUUGAGCGGUCCUGCUUGGCCUCACAAAGUCCAGGGCAAGAUGAAUGGUCGGCAAUGCGUGGCCAUCGAGCCGCCCAAGCACCUCCAUGUGCGUCGAGAGCAGUGCUACAACCUCACGCCUUUGCUCAAGCAAGGCCUGAACACGCUGGAGCUGCGCUUCUUCCCGAAGCCAGACAGGGCGAAAGAUGAACCGGAGGAGAAGUACUGCGUCGGCGUGGUGCUAACUCGUCCAAGGUCCGUGGCGUCGAUUUUGAGCCGAAUACGUUCCCGGUGUCAAGAAACAGUGAGUACUGGAAGAGCACGAGUGGCACGAUUGAUCGCUCAGGUGGCCAGAUUGGAAGCGGGACAAGAGGACGAAUGUGCAGUCACAGGUAACUUCGGACGAACCCUGAAGCCAUUAUGCCCAGUGUCGCACUGCCCCAUUGAGGAAGCAGCGAUUGGGAAGGACUGUCAUCAUAUCCAGGUCUUCGACCUUCACUCGUAUAUAGCUGUGAAUCAGAGGAUGAGAUCACUCGACAAGCGUUGGACAUGUCCAGUAUGUGGUUCGCCUUUGAGACCGGAUGAUGUGGUGCUACACCCUUUUGCUCAGGGUAUCCUUGACACGUUGCGUGGAGAUGAAGACACUGUGGAAGCGAUCGUCUUCAACGAGGACUGCUCGUGGUCGACGAUCUCAGCGGUCAAGGAUGAGAAGGGCCGAGGUGCUGAGGGUGAGACCGAGGAGGGUGGCGCCCGGGCCGAGAUGAUCGACCUGUCGGAUUCAGAGUGAUGGAAUGCUCUGGAGCAAUGCCUGAGACCUUUGCAAGGCCAAAGCAACAAGCGUCAGGUUUUGCUGGAAGGUGAGAUCGCACCAAUCGAUAAGAGAUGAUGCCCCAAAUUGGAUCCGG